CGAAGAUUUGAGGCCGGCCCAGACAACAUCAAAUCACCGCACCCAGCGAAACCCCUCGAACACCACAGUCAAGAUGUCGGCCAACAAGCGCGGUGGUACUUCUGGUCAGAAGCUGAAGAUGACCCUCGGUCUUCCAGUCGGCGCGGUCAUGAACUGCUGCGACAACUCCGGUGCCCGUAACCUCUACAUCAUCUCCGUCAAGGGCUUCGGUGCACGCCUCAACCGUCUCCCAGCUGCUGGUGUCGGUGACAUGGUCAUGGCGACCGUCAAGAAGGGAAAGCCAGAACUGCGCAAGAAGGUCAUGCCUGCUGUCAUCGUGCGUCAGAGCAAGCCUUGGAGGAGAGCAGACGGUAUCUACCUCUACUUCGAGGACAACGCCGGUGUCAUUGUGAAUCCCAAGGGAGAGAUGAAGGGUUCGGCUAUUACUGGGCCUGUGGGCAAGGAGGCUGCUGAGCUUUGGCCGCGUAUCGCCUCCAACGCCGGUGUCGUGAUGUAAGCGGGUCUUGUGUUUCUGGGAUAUCCAAGAGAAAUGGGGACUUCAUGCAUCGGAGCAGGCGUUACAAAAAGAUGGCAGCUAGUUUGGUCCUGAAGGACAUUACCACUAGCCGAGGGUCCUGGUCUCGAAUACAGAUCACGCUUCAUGACUUCACAUAACGACCGCCCGCCACUUCCUGUCUGCGCCUCACGACGACGACAAUACCUGAGACUGUGGCAUUGAUGUCAUAGAGCUGUAUGCAAUGGAAUCAGUCCACAUGCAAAUGUACCAUUUUGGUGCUUUGGAGAUCUUUUUGUGCUCUCUCUGUGACUAACAUUUGACGAUAUUGCAUGCGCUUGAGCAAGGCUCGACUUGACCUCUGAUAGCAGCCCGCGUGUCCGUUCAAGCCGAGUGAUGGAGGUUACAACAAUGGGUACAAGGCUGGUUCUCGUUGGCCGCUCUCAGCAAGACCGUUCACUUGGACAGAGUCAAGCCAGCUCUUUCUCGCGCAUGACUUUCCAUCGGAAGCUCUUUGCCAGAAUGUGUCCUUUAUGCUAUUUUGUGGUUGUGUAGACUGCUCUCGCCCAUGAAUAAGAUUACGGUCACC